AAAAGGUAAUAGGCAGUCUCCUUUGUUUCCAAUGAGAAUCUAUUUUAACAACAUCCAGGUGCCCUCACUCACUCGGUCUUUCCCAGUUCAAAGCUUCAUCCCUUUCUCACUCGCUCACUGACACUGUACUGUCCUACUCCUUGCACAUCCAGGGGUUCUCACUCAAUUCGAUUCUUUGCCUGCGUUCACAAGGUCGAAGCUCAAGAUUUGGACAGCCUGGGUGCUCUAUUUCUAUCUCAAUUAGGCUGAAAAUGUCCGAUCUUUGAUCGCAUUUCGAUCAUCCUCAUGCCCAUUUCACGCACGAUUCCAUUCUGCGUUUCUUGAUUGUCAAUUGGGGUUUGUUAAAGAAGCUGAAAUUCCCGUGAGAGAUCUGAUACUGUGGAGUGGAGGGGCAUAGUUCAAUGGAUUUGCAUCUCAAGUGCCUGCUUGGUAGAUUCCAGGAGCAAUUCGGAUCGGGACCCGGGCUUGGUCCUGGUUCCGGGGCGUGCCUGAUGAAGGUCGAUGGCAUCAGCCCAACCUUCACAAGGUCCCUCUUUAGGGCCGCGGCCGCCCUUUAUAGGACCGAGCCGUGGAAGCGGAUCCGCCCGGGGCAUUUGUUUGGGAUCCGGGUGGGGAAGGACUCGGACUGGUCAGGCAAGAAGCAGCCGUUCCCUUGCGUCCAGUUUAUUGGAGGGGAUGGCGGAGAUCUCGGGCUGCACUUGUUCCGAUCUGAGUCUGAUGCUAAGAAAAUGACAGGCCCGCGUGAGACCCUUCACAUCCCGAAUGUGGAUGUCUUGCGAGUGACGUAUGAAACUGAGUCUCUGAUGUUCCCCUCGAACAGGAGAAUGAUCAAGUCUCUUGGACUAGAAGCCUCAGGCACAGACCGGUUUCCCGUUAUUGACGUUGCCAGGUUUGGGCCUUCGGGGGGUCUUCGGUUCAGAACCCCGACAAUUGAAGAGCUGAGAUAUGUUUAUGCGUUCAUGAGGGCGAUCUCUCUCAUUCACCCGCUUCUUCAGUCAGAAGACAGUGUUGGGCCCAAGUGGUCGAGGCUGGUCUGCUUUGAGCCCUUUAUUGAGACGGUUGAUGUUCAGUGGCCGCCUGAAAUGGCCAAGGGUGGCCACGACUUUGUGGCUGUUACAAUCUCUCAUCCACCCAGUCAGGCCUAUGAGGAGAAGUCAGGCUCCACAGCUAGCUCGACCCCCACAAAAUACUCGGAUCCUCCAAAAGAGGAGUUUUUUGAUCUGAGGGUCGUCUCGACUUCAGCUUUCCGGCAAUGUGCCAACUGUGAGAAGGAAGUUCUUGGGGAACAGUUGAUCUCUUGUGAUCGGUGUUGGGCAGUGAUCUACUGCAACCAGACUUGCCAAAAGCAGCAUUGGAAGGAGGCGCACAAGGGCGUUUGCGGGCUCCACAAGGCGAUGAUGGAGCGAGAAGAAGAGCUUGCAAUGAAGAUCUUCCUCUUCCCCUGUGGAGCCGAUCUUCCCUGUAAGUGGCUCGAGUCGAUGGGCCUACAUCAGAAGGGCAUGUGGAGGAGAAAGUGCAGCUGCUACUCGCACUGCCCAUUCGGGCUCCUCCCUAGCAAAGGUGGGCUCCGAGACUCAUGGGGCGGGCUCGAUGAUGAAGAGUACCCCCGUGACUCUUCCUUGUAUAACCAUCGAAAUGGAUAUUCUAGCCCGGUCCUCCUCUCGGGCUGGUCUGAGUACUAUAACCUCCGUUCCCUCCAACUAUCGAGCCCGGUGGCCGACAUCCUCUCACACCCUCUUACUGCCUAUUACAUGCUAACAACUCUCAGCAUGAGCUCGAAAAACCUUCUGCUGAAAGGCAAGGAGGUGAUCCUCCACUACCUCGGGCCUGAAGGAGAAUUGGACUGGAUGCCCGCUUUCGCAGAGAUCGGCCACUUGCUCAAUGGGGUGGGCAACAUACAGAUCGUGAUGGUCGGGCUGGAUGUCCCAACAAACUUAUCGGGUACGACCUCGGGGAUCAGCAGUCGGGUCAGGGUGAAUCUCGUGCGAGGAAUCUACCAAGAGGAAGCUACUUACCUCCCUUCGCCUCAUGUCGUUAUGGCUCUGAACUGUGGUCUCCACCGGUAUCCGAGCUGGGGAGGAGCGCUUGAUCUGAUUAAGUCGACUGGUGUCCCAGCUUUCUUCACUGAUAUUUCAGAGCUCUCUUGCUCCUAUAGUAAGCAGGUUCUUCGUAGUGCCGGGCUUCAUAUCACACACCCGAUCACGCCGAACCCCUUUCGCUCCCCGGUCAGAACUCACGGGCCUUCUGAUAACCUCCCUUCAUACAGCAAUGGUUUCCUGCUGGGAGUGAACACAUAGUUCAGCUUUUCCAGUUUGAAGUUUGUCGUCCUUUUGGGCUGCUGUACAACGAACAUUAAGAAAUUAACUUGAAAAUUAGAUUCUUGGAUUUCAGUCCUUUGAAUUGAAUCAUCUGUUAUUCAAUUGAUGCCAUGUUUUAUUGUUCAUUA